AUUUUUACAUCACACCGCGACAGUCCGCCAGUCGGUGACCGAUCUCGAUCGUGAGCAUCGCGAGCUGCCCAGAAACUAGUUUGCUGUGGCGCGAAAAAGUGGCAAAAAGUAUUAUCAUAAUAAGUUUGUGGUUAUGGUGCAACUUUAGGGUGUGAAUUUUGAAAACAGAGAACGAAAAAGUUUGAAAAGUUACUUACUUACAUAUAAUAAACGAAUGACCAUGGCAACCAUAGAGCAGCUGGGCUACAGUGCAUUCUUCAUUGCGCUUACCUGCAUCUUCGCGAUCGUAGCGCGCCGCCUGAACGAACGCAUGUCGAAAGAUGGGCUGGUGAAGGAUUUAAUUUUCGAGGCGAUAGCAGCGGCAGAACUGUGCGGAUGUUGCUUCGAGCUGAUAAUUGUGGCGGACAAUUUUGGCGUCGCGACGUACGCGGUGUUCCUGUUUACGCUUACCAUUUGGUGGGGCCGCAACUGGGGCUCGGCUACCGCCUGCCCGUACACCUACAUGGAACAGAUUGUCGAAGGUGAGGUAAGCUUCAAGGAGGCUUCGCUCAAGAUCUGGGCCCAGCUGAUGGGAGGCUGCUGCAUAUUCCGCUACGUUCAACUGUAUUGGUGGUUUGAGCUGGCAGAAACUCACGAAGGCCGUGCCUUCGAAGACUGCAAGGCGGACCUACAGGUGAACCAGUACCUCGGUGCGUUCAUCGAAGGUUUUGCGACGCUCUGCUGCCGGCUCGCAUCGAAGGUGAUCUCGGAGAAGGAUGCCCGGUUCGGUGCGUUCAUCGAUUCGUUCAUCGGAACGAGCCUGGUCGUUGCCGCGUUCAACUACUCGGGCGGCUACUUCAACCCGGUGCUGGCGACCGCCCUGAAGUGGGGCUGUGCGGGCAAUUCCGCCCUCGAGCAUAUCAUCGUCUACUGGAUUGGAUCGUGCAUGGGUGCGGUGCUUUCGGUGCCACUGUUCAAGACGGCCACCUUCCGCAACAUGUUCCUGACCGACACCAAGACCAAGAGCGAAUAAGAUGGACGACAUAGGGGAGGGGGGGGGGGGGUGCUUCAAAAAGCGAAACCAAUUUCUAGUCAACGAAUGAAGCCUGAGGAAGGUUUAUUUAUACAAUGUUUAUUCAAUCCUUUGAAUUCUUCUACCCCUACAAGCGGCUAGCUACGAGAUCUAACGAAAUUUGUGGUAAUUUGUGGUGCAUUUCCGUCCCAGCGUAAGAAUAGAACGAGCUAUGUGUGUGUGUGUGAGAGCUAUGUGAUACAGGCUGGAUGUCCUAUUCGAUUAAUAAAAGGUCUUCCAAUUACUCUCCA